AUGAAGUUCUCCAUCGCCACCCUCGUCGGCGCUGUCGCCGCCCUUGCCGCUUGCACCCAGGCCGCUCCUCUCGAGAAGCGCGUCUCUGGCGUCCCCGGUUUCGACAUCUCGCGCUACCAGUCCAACGUGGACUUCAACCAAGCCAAGGCAAACGGCGCUCGCUUCGUCAUCAUCAAGGCCACCGAAGGCACCACCGUCAAGUCGUCCGCCUUCUCCUCCCAGUAUACCGGUGCAACCAACGCUGGUCUCAUCCGCGGGGCCUAUCAUUUUGCGCGACCUGACUCCUCCGGCGGUGCCGCGCAGGCCAACUUCUUCCUGAACAACGGAGGUGGCUGGUCGUCCGAUGGCCGCACUCUUCCUGGUAUGCUCGACCUUGAGUCGUCCAGCGGUGUUGCUACCUGCUACGGUCUUUCCCGCAGCCAGCUCGUCAGCUGGAUCUCCGACUUCGGCGAGACCUACCGCUCGUCUACCGGACGCUACCCGAUGAUCUACACGAACUCCGGCUGGUGGAACCAGUGCGUUGCGUCGAGCGCCUUCGCCAGCAACUACCCCUUAGUCGUGGCGAGCUACUCCAGCAGCCCCAAGAUCCCUACCGGCUUCAGCACGUACAGCUUCUGGCAGUACGCUGACAGUGGUACCUACCCCGGCGACCAGGACACCUGGAACGGCAACCUGGACAACCUCCAGAAGUUCGCUAGCGGCUAA